UGAAGGCGGCGAGGUCGUGAUGAUUACGCCGUUCUUCGAGGCGUGAUGAUGACGCGGUUUUUUCUUCGACCGACUCCCUCUAUAAAUACUUCGCUUGCUCCUCAUUCCUCUCAUUCUUUCUCCGCAUCGAUUUCGAAGGUAUUCUCUCUGUUCUCUCUCCUUUUCUCAGCGCGUCUUUUCUUAUUUUCCGAUUAUGUCUUCAAGUAUCGGUUCUUUCGACUCCAUCUCCGACCAUCGCCGAUCUCGUACUUCCGACGAGUCGAAUAUCCGGUCUGUUGAUCGUUUCCUCAACGAAUCCGUCAGCAACUCCCGGGGUCGUAGAUCUAGAACCUCUUCCGGAUCGUCGGCCUCGUCCGUUGCCAGAGACUCUCCGGCUGUUGCAGAGUUACGACGUCGCGAGCUCGAAAGUCGCGUGGGAGCAGCCGGACCGAGUGCAAAUCCUAAGUCCGUUGCAACCAUGCGCCUUCGUGAUGACGACAGUGACGCGGCGUCUAUGGAUGAGGAUGACGUACCGCUCAUCAGACGCAAAUCUUCUAUCAUUAGAGCGGCUCGUUCUGUUGGCCCGUCGCCUGAUGUCGCCGAUCGUUUGGACAUCAUUCCAUUGACGAGGCGGGCGUCCGCCCCGGUUGGGUUUGUUCAGCCCGGUGGACCAGCACCGGGAAUUCCGGAUUACCUUCAACCGACGUCGUCGACGAGCGAGACGAUUGAGCUUUCUCUCCAUUUUUGCGAUGCUCCAGCUUCCCUGAAUACGCUCAUCCCGAACCCGUGGGAUCGUCCCUGGACUGCUCCGGAAGGAUAUCUUUGCGUAUACGAAAAGCUCAUCACUGACUGCGGGCUGACUUUUCCAAUUCCGGCGUUCUUGCUUCAGUACGCUUCGCGGCGAAAAAUGGCGUUUGCGCAACUUUCUCCGGCUGCUAUCCGGAAUGCUUACGGCCUGAUUCGUCUGGCCAAGCAGUGCGGCGUCGAACCUCGUUGUUCUCUGUAUGAGGAACUGACGACGAAGAAGAAUUUCGGGAAAUCCAAGCCGGGCUUGGUGUAUACUCAGUCUUCGCUGACCCCAAAGUUGGUUGUUGGUGCGAAGAGUAAGACCAACGAUUGGCUUCGUUGGUACUUCUUUGUUAAGAUCGACAACGAUUCCGCGGGGGACGUGGUCGUCACGAAUUACCAUGGGUGGACUGUUUCACCCGUUCGUUGUCCCAAGAUCUUGGACCCGUAUCCUGAGAAACUUCGCGACGACGUCAAGAAGAUUCUAGCUUUGUGUCCGUAUACCUGGCCCAACGAAGAAGACCCUGUUCGUCGCCCUUCCUCAAAGUCCAAGAAAGCGACUCCUUCAAAGGCUAUGGGAAAAAUGAAUGUUGACGCGGUGGGCGAUUACUCAUCGAGAUACAAGAAGAAGUCGUCGGUGACGCCGUCGAAGAGGAUAAGCCGGGAGGAAGACGAGGCCAUGGCCUUAGGGAGACGUCUUUCCUUAGCCGAACACGAGGCUAAGGAGAGUGAACGACGAUCUUCAGGUCGUCGGGAUAGGAGAGAUGAGGGUGACCGUCGUGAUCGACGCAGUCACGAUGUUGUCGGUGCCGAUCGUUUGGAAGCAAGAUCCGACGUAGAGAGGGAGAGGAGGGAGAAGGAGGUGGCUGAAGCGCGGUCAGCUAAGCUACCUGUUGCCGAGACUUCUCACGAUGUGCCCCUAGGCGGCAGGGAGGUUAUUUUGUACGACGACUCUCAGGUCGAGCCGACCAAGAAGCGGGCUGCUGAUGAGUCCGAACCGGUGCGUUCGGACCCGACCAAGAGACAAAGGACGGCCUGGGCCCCUGAUUAUAGGUGGCGAUAUGAUUAUAACGGGCGCGACGUCCAUAUCUCGACUGAUUCCACAUCCUGUGCGGAGCUGUUCCGCAAGCUUCACGUCGGUCCAUCUCCCUUCUUCGAGCUUCAAGAUAUGUGGGAGAGAACGGCGUUCACUGACGCUGCGAAGAAGACCGUUGCGGCCAUCGGCGCGAUCGACAGGAUGGCGUAUAUGUACGAGCGUCGUCUCCGCGUUGUUUCCGAGCAGAACACGGCCUCGAAGGAUCACCAGAGGGCCUUGGCAGCCGAGACGAGGAGGGCUGAUCAGGCGUCGAAGGGUUUGGAGAGUGCCAACUCCGAGGUGCAGCUUCUUCGCGAGGAGGUCGCCAAACUGAAGGAGGAGCGGGAUAACGCUCUUUCAGAACGGGAGCGUUGUCUUGAGGAGUUGUCGAAGUCCCGUGUUGACUUUAAGAACUUGGCCGAGCAGUCACAAGCCGAGGAGGCAAGGCUUCGGAAGCGGCGCACCGAAUACGCUCGUAAGGCUCUCAAGGAGGCUGCAGACCAAUUUCAGCAACGUCUCGACGGGAUUCAGAGGCAUUUUACUACCAGGGACGCGGCGUACCCCAAGUUCCUCGAUUAUAAUCAGGCGGUCGGGAGCGUUGACCUGCUGAAGGCGCUGGCUGAAACUGGGGAGAUCGUCUUGAAUUCCAAGGACGUGAUUGAGAGGCUUGAAGCUGAUGCGGAAGAGCUUAAGAACGAGGUCAAUGCGUUCGAUAUUGCCGAGCUGGAGGAAGGCUGGAAUGACGUCGGAAAUCUCUUCACGGGCUCUCUCGCUGCUGAAGAAACCGAAGUCGUUGACGGUGAAGUUGUUGGUGACGUCGAGGCCGUCGACCAAGUCGUUGGUGAUGGCGACGCCCAGAUCGGAGAUCCUCCUCAAGACGAGGCCGCGUCUUGAGUUUUUAUGUUAUUAUUUUUUAAGUUAUUUGCCGCGUAGUCGGCUUUUGUAAGACGCUUGCCACUU